CUCCGGUCAUGUACAGAAAAUUGAAGUGGAGUAGCUGCAGACAUUUAGCGGGGAGUAACGCCGACAUUGGAAACCCUGCAUUUCUGUGUGCGUUAUCAGGUUGCCCUUUUUAUUUUUUUCGUUUUAGUAAAGCUGAUGGGAAAAUAGCCUCUUAAAGGGAUACUCUUGCUUGACGUCUCACGUCUUUUCCAAAAUAGGAGUUAGAGGUAAAGACAAACGAUAAUAAAAACGGGCAGCAAUGGUGGAGAAGCGGUCUGUUAUCCAGAGAGAGAACGUGUACCGCUGGUUUUCGGAGCUCAACUCUGCCCAGCGGGUUGAGUUUCUGUGCGGAUUGCUCGACCUCUGCGUGCCCAUCGAGUUGCGCUUUCUGGGAUCUUGCUUGGAGGAUCUAGCUGGUAAGGACUACCAUUCUUUGCGUGACGCGGAGAUCAAGGCUAACAACCCUGCCGAUCUGGCCACCUUGACCAACAUCACAGACGAAGUUGUUCGCAGCAAGCUUCUCAUCUCAUUAGCCCUGCUAAAUUCGGACAAUCGGGAGGCAGCCGGAGUCCUCUUCAGAACCCUUACGCACAUCGAUUCCAUCAUCAAUAAUUAUGGGUUGCAGCUUAAUGACGGUCAGACCGGGGACCAGUUUCUCCUACUCUUCACAAUGGCGUCCAAUCACCCUGCUUUCAGUUUCCACCAGAAGCAAGUGCUGAGAAAGGAGUUGUCUCAGAUCCAAGGCAUUGUAAUUACUAGCUGCAACAACGCUAACCUGAGUACCAGCAGCAGCACCGCAACGUCAACUACCGUCACCACAACUACAACCUUCACGCCUUGCGUGGCAGGCAGCCACUUCUUGCACAAGGCUUCAUAUGAGAGGUUUUGAUGAAGUCUGUUUCAUGGACAGCUGA